GUUCUCUCUCUGUCUCUCGAUCGAGCGACGCGUUGAAAUGAAAUCGCGUCGCGCGCGAGACUAGGAGAGGACGGGAGAGCAGCGAGAAACUAAAUUGCGAUCCCAUCAUCAUCAUCAUCCCCGGAAUCCAUCAGUCUUCCUAUCACUCAUAUCCCUCACAUCAACCUCGUCACCAGUUACCAGGGUAUACAAGGCCAGCCCUCUCUUGCUCACCUUCUUGAGGGUGGUAAUUACAUAGGAUAUCGACGUCGAGAUACCGCGCAACAAUAGCGAUCGAAAACGCACAGUAGAGCCUCCGAUACCGGCUAUUGCAGCAAGAUGGAUGGUUCUGGGCGAACAGACAUGAUCGAGACCAACCAGAUACAUCACCUACCUAUCAAAAUCACCUAUCGCCAUCCGUCGCACGACCAACCGCUCUUGGCGACAUCGACAUCAGACGUACCCGUCUUUGUUCACGAUCAAGAGAAGAGGCCGGCGAGGCUUCCACACGACUCGUACGACACGUUUCGAGGUAGUGUCAGUCUGAAGGAUGUGCUCAAGGUCGUGUGCCGGGCAUCACCGGAGAUCAUACCCUCGACGCAGAUUAGCGAUGGAUCAGUCUACAUACCCAGCCGACAGCCCGAUAAGGUCAAUAAUACACCAGAACCACGUCCGAUCCUCUCCAAGAGACUCGCUCGCCUGAGUCGGCCCUCGUUCACGUCCUCGUCGGACGGAUUGACGCCAGCUCUCACUUCCUCUUCUUCGAGCUAUCGCGAUCAGGAUCGAACCGGGUUUUCCAUCCCGUCGACUCCCGUAUUCUAUCCCGACGCUCUGGACUCAUCACCUGGAUUUCCACCUGCGUCGGAACUCGAUCCCUUUCAGAGUUCGCCUGCCGUGAUGAGGUAUCCCUCUCGGCGGCUGGGCGGAGCCAGGCGCGGGUCCUCCUCAUCGAGCAAACCUCUGGUCGUCCCUACUCCUUGGACGGGCAAGGGUACCCUGUUCGAUGUGCUGACCGAGCCGGGCCAGGGAAAGACGUUGGUCACUUGUAGCGUGGUUCGGACGGCAGAUUUCGCGCCUCGUCGCAAGUCGGUGAUGAAAGAGAGCUCGUCGCACAACAUUACCCAGCCGGAAGAACCUCUCGAUGAGAACGACGGUUUGGCAGCUCUUCUUAUGAAGGAGGCGGACGAGGCCGAAGGUUCCGGGGACGAGGAGAACCAUGUGGGAUCGCGGGAUACGUCGACCGGUUGGGGACUGCUAGUCGAGAUCAAGUUGAGAAAUCUCGGUCGGCCGGUCUCCCUGGAGCAGACGUCGAGGUUGAGGACUGCAGUCUUUGGUGAAAAGUCUCGGCCGGGUUCGUACCGGAGGGUCGAGACGGCUGCUGCCAGGAAGUUUCAUGAGGUAGCGGGAGAUUCCCGGCAGGGUAGGAACGCUACCGACAUGCGUAAACCCCGGAUCAAGGCGGAUAGGAUCGACGUCAAGGCUAGUCUCGCUCGCAAGACGCCCAGCCAGAUGGUCGAAGUUGCGCCUGCCUCGUCUUUAACACCCGGGACUUCGCUCGGUUUCAGCAGUCUAGGCUUGGAUUCGUCCGAUCCCGACCGGAUGAGCACCAUCGACGAGAUUCGCAGAGGAUUGGAUUCCGAUGCUCUAUUACCCGUAGCAAGUUCGAUCCCUCAGCGCUACCCUGCAGCUUUGUCCGCGUCUUCCUCUCUCAAGCGGAAAAGCCUGGCCAUACCGCAUGACCAGAUUCCUCGUAAUCGGAGAGGACCGAAUCUGGUGGGCGACUGGAAAAGAAGAAAAACCGAGCAAGACGAGCGAAGCAAGCAUCGCGCUCCUUCCCCUUCGAUCAAGCUGGAACCGUCUUCGUCUCUUGUAAACGACAUCGACAAGUCGUUACCGAGUGACGUCUCUUCGAGGCGGAUCUCGCCCUCGAAGACGGCGAAAGCCGGUGACAAGCGAUCGCUGCUCGAAGCGAUAGUCUCCUCGUCGUCCGGUCGCAUCUGCAAGGUCGAACCGCCUAGUCCUGAAGCAAACGUUCUUUCGGCGUUGCCCAAAUCUUUUAGCCAACCGAGCAGAAGGGAGUCUGGUAACACCGGGCGCAAGUCUGCUGUCCCCAUGAGCGAGCCUGCCAUACCGCAGAACGGCUCAAAUUCGAUCCGUCCUAUAGGCAGUCUCUUCCGCCCGCGACCCAACAUGAAGAGGACUUUGUCCGAGAUAGCCGAACGGGAAUCUCAGAGGCGUGCAACACAGGUAGAUGCGGCCGACGACUCUGACGAUCUCACCGAGAGCGUGUCGCAAUCUCUGGCUGCCGUUGAACCCAUUCAUGCGCUACUGCAAGCUCGUUCCCGGGCACCACCAGCCACCUUGAACAAUCUGUUCGCACAAGCUGAAGACAGAUCCAUCUGGACGCGCGACGGAAUCGCGUGGGGACAGCCGCUGGGGAUUUCCUCUUUGGCGUCCACCUCGAAUCCCGCUACCUUGCCUUUUUCGGACGACUCGAGUAGCUCCAAGACUCUUCAAUUCAGUCCUCGGGAACCGCCCGCUGCCUUUGCUGAGCAGUGGUUACAGGCUCCAGAUCUCGAUCACCUGUUUGGCCUAGACGUCCACGCGCCCAACAACGACCUAGCCCCGAAUCAUCCAUCUGGGUCAUGGGAGAUCGGGAGCUCAGCGGUGACUUUGGGUAGCUCUAACAACGCUGGGUUUCCCUUUGCCGACGAAGCGUUCGCCUUCUUCGAUUCAACUUACACGAGCGAUUUCGACCUCCCGUCGCUCUAUUCACCAGUCGACUUUUCCCAACUUCCGCCCUCGUCACCACCUCAGAGCGAAUCGGAACUGCCUCACUCUGUAUUGCUCAUGUCGUCUCCUCCGGAAGGAUCUGGCUUGGCAGACACGCCCAUCGAAAUCAUCUAA